AUGGACCUCGCAGACCUCACAACUCACCCCCAAGAGAUGCAGCGCCAGCAGCACGAGCACGACAACAAGAACACAACCCUCUUGAGACUGUCGGCAGAGCUGCGCAACAAGGUCUUCGCCCUCGCUCUGCCCGCGGACCAAAUCUUCACGACAUGCCAGAAUGCCCAUGAGCUCAUGUUGAACGGUAAAGUACAAGGAAGCUCAAUAGUUUCUGAUGCCGAGUCAUACCAAGACAACUUCAGUAUCACCCAAGUGUGCCGCCAGAUCCGCGCCGAGACUUUGAAGGUCGCUUAUGCCUCCAAUACGUUUGUGCUCGGCAUCCAUGAGCAUGCACGGAGGAAUGACGCAGAGCGAUGGGUCGAGAGUCGGCCAUCUGAAGCGCUGGAGUCGAUCUCCAAGGUUAUCGUACACUCCGGAAGUAAUGAUUGGUGGUAUGGAUGUCAAGAGUCCAAUGUCGUUUUCGACCUCGAAUCGGGCGUUGCUAAAUUGCUUGAAAAUGGCUGCGACUGGUGCGAUGAAAGCGUAGAGAGCUGGGGCGAGGAGACCGGCGAUGUCGUGGCUCAGGCUCUAGACGGAUUGACGUCGCCGAAGGAGAAGCUCAUGAAGUUCUUCGAGGUACUUCGAGUUGUAUUGCCACCGCGUGACAGUGACAGGGACUGGGCAUUCGAGGACGAUUAUGUGCACGUCGCUGAGCGGCAGCAGGAGUAG